AGUUCCUAUAUUCAUAUAGUUAGCUAACAGCUAGCCAACGAGUGAAAACUGAAUAAAAACCUUAGGUAAUAGUAUUAUUAUGUUAAGUAAGAAUCAGCUGGCUGGAUACAAUACGCUACCACAUGAACGCGUACGUGGUAUUGCAAAACUGAGCCUUAAUUAUAAAUAUAAAGAGCCUUAACAUAUACUCAGCAUUUGUUUGAAAUAAACGAUCUAGCUAACGCUAGUUAGCUUAACUACCUAAUUGAGUAACCAAGAAAGAGCAAGCUAAGAGUCUGCUUUGAUAUACAACGUGGAUCGAUUGAUUAGGAAAUUAUUCUUUAUAACUCAACGUUGGAUGGCAUGCUGGUCAGUUUGUACACAACAGCAGGCUGUCUAUAGCUAGUUAGGUUACGUCAGGAAGAGGUUAAAACAAGGGGGAGUGGAUUCCACUGUCUGCUUUGCCUUCUACUGGGAGAAAAGGGGGUUGCCUGCCAGCAGGUAAAGCUUGAUGGAGUUGGUUCCAGUCCUGGGAUGAUGUUCUAAGGUGUGGCUGCUCUGGAGGUGUCUGAGAGUGGGAUGUUACGCUGGACCGUGCACUUGGAAGGUGGGCCACGGAGGGUUAACCACGCUGCGGUGGCUGUGGGCCACAAGGUCUACUCCUUUGGCGGCUACUGCUCUGGAGAGGAUUAUGAAACCUUACGUCAGAUCGAUGUCCAUGUCUUCAACACGGUGUCUCUGCGGUGGAUGAAGCUGCCUCCAGUGGGAACAGGAGAGAGGGAGGAUGCUCCAGAAGUGCCCUACAUGCGCUAUGGCCACACGGCUGUGCUUGUGGAUGACACCAUCUAUGUUUGGGGGGGCAGAAAUGACACAGAGGGAGCAUGCAACGUGCUGUAUGCCUUUGACAUCAAUAACCAUAGGUGGUACACACCCAAGAUCUCAGGGAUGGUUCCUGGGGCAAGAGAUGGACAUUCUGCCUGUGUACUUGGCAAGGCCAUGUACAUCUUUGGAGGAUACGAACAACUGGCUGACUGUUUCUCUAAUGACAUACACAAGCUGGACACCACCACUAUGUUGUGGUCCUUAAUCAAUGCUAAAGGUACUCCGGCCCGCUGGCGAGACUUCCACUCUGCCACCAUAAUCGGCACUAAGAUGUUUGUGUUUGGAGGCCGUGCGGACCGAUUUGGCCCUUUCCACUCGAACAAUGAGAUUUACUGCAAUAAGAUCAAGGUGUUUGACACAGAGACUAACUCCUGGCUGAACACACCUACAGCUCAGCUGCUGCCCGAAGGGAGACGUAGCCAUUCUGCCUUUGCUUACAACGGCGAGCUCUACAUAUUUGGAGGCUACAAUGCUCGAUUGGACCGCCACUUCAAUGACCUCUGGAAGUUCAAUCCUGAGGCUUUCUCCUGGAAGAAGGUGGAGCCAAAGGGUAAAGGCCCAUGUCCCAGACGGAGACAGUGCUGCUGCAUGGUGGGGGAUCGUAUUAUCCUGUUCGGGGGAACCAGUCCCUGUCCAGAACAAGGAAUGGGUGAUGAGUUCAAUCUCAUGGACCACUCUGAUCUGUACAUCUUAGACUUCAGUCCAAAUUUGAAGACCUUAUGCAAACUAGCUGUUAUUCAGUAUAGUUUGGAGCAGUCAGGACUGCCACAUGAUAUCAGGUGGGAGCUGGCUGCAAUGACUACCAAUAGCAACAUUAGUCGACCCAUCUUCUCCUCUCAUGGCUAAAGUGGGAAAUCUGCCAGAACCAGAAUGAAAACCCUGGGGUUCUGCUCCUAGACCUUAAUCCUCUGGGACUCUGGAGAAGAUUUCUCAGACACGUUGCAUCAAGAUCCACAUUCUCCUUGAUCUAGAUGACUUUGACUCUCAUUAAGUUUUGUCUAUAAAGCCUAACUCAGAUUGUGGUUUUUCAUCUGUGAACUCUGUUCUCUAGGUUAUAAAAGGUUGCACAUUUUACUUCUUUGAGGACAAACUGCAGUAGUUUCUUGGAGAGGAACAUAGAUAUGCAGACAUUAAAAUAAUUUUAGAUAUUCAGUGAGGUUAUAAAUGAAUGUGAUUUCUUUAAAGGUUUUGCGAUUGAAAACUCUUUUAGAUCAGGUUUUGAAACUUCCUUGUUUCUCUUUUUUACAAUUAAGUGUUAAUUUUCAGUGUCAUUCACUAUUUUGAUUAACCAGGUUCUAAAUGUUCCCCAUGAUUUUAUCCGGGAAGAAGGUCAUGCCGAACAAAUGCAUUUCACCAGAAGGAAGAGAACCAGAGGAUCUUACAUGAAUGUCAAACCUACACUAUGAACUGGUUGCUUAUCAGAAGAUUUUGGGACUCUUAAUGACAUGAACAGACCAGUGGCUGACAGAUGGUAUAAUGCCCAUGUGUACUGCAGCCCUCUCUGGGUGUGUGAGGCAACAUUAGUCUGAGAUCAGCAGUCUAUAUAUGUAUAUGACAGUGCUGCAGUCUGUAUUGGUGAAUAAUGCUGCUGCUUUGGGAUUUUAUUUGUUAUGCUUUGUGUUAUUUGGCUUUCAGUUCAUAGGUCAUCUCUCUCUCUCUCUCUCUCUCUCUCUCUCUCUCACACACACAGUCUGUUUCAGUAACCAUGUUUGCAACGGUUGUGUUAUGAGCAGCGCUGGUCCGACCUUUAACUUUAACUUUCUCCUGUUGCAGCUUCCUUCUAGAAAACCAAUAGACACUGACAAAGACGUUAGCAAUCACAUCAGUUCUGAUGGUGCCAAAUGCUGAGCAGUUCAUGUCUUUUUUGUGAAGCCAGGUGCAGUUACAGAUGUGUGUGACUGCAGCCAUGGAGUUUCUCAGGAAAGUUCCAACAGGAGAGUGUACAGAGUUCUGUGCCCUGUGCAGUGUGAGUGACACAGACGCAGGUAUAUAUUCAUGCGUUUACCAACACCACAUCCUGCCCAUAUGUGAAUAUUUAAGACCCACAGUAAUAUUUGUCACUACCUCCCCAAACACCUCGAGCAGUACAGGCCAUGUGUGCUUGUGUAUGUGGAGUCUACUGCAUCGGCAGUCAGGGUACUCCAAAUGUUGCAUACGAUGUUUGUUAUAAUGUGGCAUUCAACAUUGCUUUAGUUCAGUAGUUACCGCAGUUACACUGUGGUAUUCACAAUUACAUUAGAUCUACAGUUACCACAGUUCAGCUGUGACAUUUAACAAUAACCUAUUCACUCUUACCAACCAUGCAGUGAGUUGGACAACUACUCAGUGGUGCUCAAUUUUGUGGAUGAAAUUUGAGCAAAUAAAAUGUUUUCUGUAACAUA